UCAGGUACCGUUGACAGCCCUACUGUGGAAGGUCCCUGUGAACAGCUAAGAUCAUUCCGUGAAGGUGUGAUGAUCAUACGCGACUUAGAAAACCCUUUCUCUCUCUCUUCAGUCCUUCGGAGAAAACGUAGCCGACUGAAAUCUCCCCAUCUGUGAAGGUGUGAUGAUCAUACAUGACUAAAAAAAAAACCUUUCUCUCUCUUCAAUCCUUCAGAGAAACCGUAGCCGACUGAUAUCUCCCCACGGAUCUGCAAUACCGGAGGUUAAGAAGGUAUGGAGUUGGACCAGGGUCUUGGAGAAGCUUUUAAGAAAUCUGUCUGCUCAAGGGAUAUGCCUUCGAUCCAAAUGCCACUAGAAUCUGUAUCACUUUUUGCCAAGGGCAUCUCUCUUAUUCUCUAUCGAUAGUUAAAACUUCAGGUGUUCGUUGCAGACACAAGAGUGGCGUAUAACGAGAUAGCAGAGUAUCUCAGACUUAAUCGUGGGAACAUUAAUCAUCCAAGAGUGGAUAAAAUGGUUGCAGAUAUAGUAGAUUUCUUUAUACAACAAAAAGAGCCUCGCGAUGUUAAGUCUGUGCGUGCUCUGCUUUGGGAGUUGGUAUGCAAUUGCUUUAAGUUCGGUGCUGGAAUUUUGCAAGGCAUUUACGAGGUGGGGGAAAAGUUGUACAAUUUGUACCAAGAGAUUUUGCAGGGGAAGUAUGAUUCAGUUGAAGAACUUGGGAAAACCACAAGUUGGAUCGGGGAAGAAUUCAUGGAGAAGUUGAAGUCAGUAGAAGAAAAAGAACUGAUUAGCGUACGUGCAGUUAAUGCUGUUAGACGUGCACAGAUUGGAAGACGCAAAAGGCAGAAAUUCCGAGCUUACUUUUUGUAGAAAAAAAAGGUGAGCCGUAGCUCUAUAGUUGGUGCUGGAGUCACAUUCCAAGAUGCCUUGUAGUCGCAAAACAACCUGUAAAUAUAUUUUAGGAGUAUUACUUUUGGCUUCAUUAGAAUAUGAAGGUCUGUGAAAGUUCGUUAUAAUGGUGUAAUUAUGUAAGAACUAAAAUUUAUAUUACUGAUGGUUUUAACGGCCAGAUUUGAGGUGCAUUUACCUUACAAAUACACUGUUUUUCUUAUUCCCACAUUUACACAGAUGUUUACUACUGUAAAUAAUAGUGGAAUUGAAGAAUUUAUGGAGAA